GUCGCGGCUGUUACCCUUCAGUGUGCGUUUGCACGUUGAUCACGACGGUACACAAAGCGGACAGAGUGUUAAAUAGAGAGCCUUCGAUGCGAUUUGUUUGAUCUUGCACCAGUGAAUAAAUUUAUCCCGAAAAUUCAGGAAAUUAAGUGUGUGGCAACAACCAUAAAGAUAACUCAAGUUGUUGUUAUUCUUAAUACAUUUACGUUGACAGCAAUAAGUGGCAUCAUCUCAAGUUGCCCCUGUCUGAAUUAAGUACGAGUAAGAAGCCGCUACGAGGCUGUUGAAAGUCCAAGUGGCAUAGAGAAAACAACGGAAACGUUGAACGUGCAACGUCCUUCACAAAGAGCGGACGCAGGCACAAAUCAGAUCGAAGUGAAGACGACUCUGGCGAUGAAUUGGACGCGCGUGUUGCUAGUUGGUCUGGCCGCAAUGGGGCUGGCGAUUGUGGAGGUUGCAUCACUCUCACUGGAUCCAGUUGCCUCUGCUGAGCUGGAGCAGUACAUCAGGAAAGGCGAUGUCGUCAUAUCCACGCGACACAUAAGACCGCGUCGCAAGUUGCACAUUUCGAUUGAGGCUCUGUUCAUGAUUGACUUUCCCAUGCUGAAGCAUAAGAUGUCCUUCUUCCUGGAUCGCAAACAGCAACGCGUUACACUUGACAUAAGCGCCAAUGGAGCGACAGAGUCACGCAACUUUGAUAUACCCAAUAUCAAUGAGACGAGCACCAUACGAUCUCUGGCACUGCAGUUCUCCAAGAAUCGAAUCACACUCUUUGUGGACUGCAAGGCGAGCACUUUCCACGACAUUGACAUGGGUCUGGCCAAGCUCUAUACUCAAAUGGAUGAUCCAGUUAUCAAGUUGUUCAGGGAACGUAAAUAUCCCCUGCACUUUGAUGCAGACAUGGAACACUCUUUGCAGCGUGCCAAUUGUCAGAAGGGUUUGCAUCGUCGAGGAAAUCGACGCAUGCUGCGAAACAAGAUCAGCGAGCGUGAGAAGAACAAGAAGCGAGAUGUGCGCAGCAAUUAUUACCAUGAGCCAACUUUAGCCCGUGACGGCGUCGAUCAGCGACAACAUGAAAUACCUACAGAUGUGGAACGCGGCGAUAUACCCAUCAUGCAUGGAGAUUGUGAAGACGCCCUCGCGAGAUCGUUGAGUGAUCUUUUGGCAUUGGUUAAGCUGCUGCGGGAAGACGUCGCCCACCAGCGCCAGGAGAUUGCCUACUUGCGCAUGCUGUUGGAGAACUGUGCGGGCUGCAAGGAGCCAAGUGGCGAUAAUAACAUACGACUCGAGCCCAACUGUCGCACUGCGAAUCCUUGUUAUCCUGGGGUUGAUUGCCACGAUAGCGCCUCGGGACCCAGGUGCGGCCGUUGUCCUGUCGGCCUCAUUGGCGAUGGUAAACUCUGCAAACCGGGCGUCAGCUGCGCGGACAGACCCUGCUUUUUAGGCGUUCAGUGUCACGAUACUGUGAAUGGUGCCCAGUGUGACUCCUGUCCGAUUGGCUAUGAAGGUGAUGGACGCACAUGUUCGAUACGUAAUCCUUGUCUGGACUCACCAUGCCCCUCAGGCAACAUUUUAGUGCCCACACAUAACGUGCAACAUUAUCAGAGGCAAAGCCAGUUCUCGGCACGCAAAUACUCGGUUGUAACGAACUGAAUCAGAUCACAGCACCUAUAAUAUAAUUAUAAUUUCUAAAUAUUUAGAGAAAAACAGAGCACAUCAUAAUUCACUUAAUUAAUAGUCAUAAGUCUUAAGCUCUAUGAUUGGCAAAUUGAAUCCAUUCAAAGUAUUAUCGCCCUGUAACAAUAGAACUCCUCAAAUACUUACAACAUAAAAAUAAAAUUCGAAAAAAAUGCUUAAAAAUGUAAAUGCUCUAUUAAUACUAUGUGACCCACGAAUCCAAAUAUCAUCUGAAUGCCCAGAAAGUGGAGUUUAUAAGCGUGUACCGAAAUUGUCCUCUUUCCCACAAUUAUUUCUCUGUAAAAUGUCUAUAAUGAAACGUGAAUAAAAAUUAUACGAUACUUUUUCAAAAAAGAAGAAAAAUAAA